AUGACUUUUAAAGGAAGUAGCUUUUAUCAAUUCGAAGUAUAAAUAGAAACUGUUUUUUAACAAAAGUAAAGUGUAGUUAUAAAUAUAAAUACAAAAAAUGAUAAAUUUAUUGAUUUAUAAUUAGAAAACAGUAAAGAUAUUGUUUUUAGGUAUGAAGAAUUCAAACUUAAAGUUAUUUUUUAUUAUCUAUAAUGCGAUCCUAUAGAAAAAUUAAAAAAAGUGAAUGAAAAAAUACUAUUAAAAAUCGAAUAAAUUAUUAAUUUGUAAAAUAAUUUAAAUAUAAAUUUUGAGAAUUAAACUAUGGAUAAUGAACAUACAAUUAAUAUAUAGCCUUAUAUCUUAGUUUUAGAUUAAUAAUAUGACAUAAAAAUAACUGUCUCUGAUGUUAACAAUAGUUAAAUAUUUUAAGAAAUUAUACACUCAUUUUAGGUAAAAAAAAGCCAACAAAUAGUAAAAAUUUAAGGUUUGAGCAAUAUUUAAUCUUUUUCGAAUUCUUUUUAUGUAAAUGCUUUCAUUGAUAAUUUAGAUUUAUCUCCAAGUGAAAAAGAAGUAUAAAAAAACAAUAACUAUGGUAUUAAAACUAAAUGGAAAUGUAUAACUGCAAAAAGUUAAAGCGAUUGUCGGGAUUAUAAAAAUGAUUUAAUUGUUGACCCUAAUAUGGAAUAAAAUAUAUUGUAAAUAAAAGUAUAAGAAAAAUCUUUAGAAGCCUAUAAUCUUUAUUAUUUUAUUUUAGAAGGAGAAAAAGAUGGUAUCGUAGUUUAAGACAUAUCAAGUUUUAUUAUUUUGGAAUAAAAUAUACCUCCUUUAAAUUCUAUUACAUCAAUAAACGAUUUUUCUUAAAGAAUAAAUUUAAAUUAAUAAAUUUUUGUAUAAUUAAAUUAUGAAGGAAAAAAUAAUUUAGACAAUUUAUUUUUUAGUGGCGCUGUAUUGUAUUAAAACGAUGUGAAAAAUACUAUAAAGUUUUUUCAUAAUUAAGUAAGAUUUUAAACAUGGAAUUAUUUUAAUGAUUUUUUAAAUGAAGAAGAAAAUUCUUAUUAAAUAAGAUUUGCAGUUUUUGAUCCUUAGUAUAUAAUGCCUUCUUUAAUUAUUUUUUCUUUAAAAGCUAAUUUGCCGCCUUUAAAUUGCCUUUUUAAAAAUUUUAAUAAUUAAUAAUAAGAAAUUUUUAGUUUAAAAUAAAAUUAUGUUUUCUAAAUUAAUAACUGCUAAGAUUAAGAUUAGCCUCUAUAUUAUAAUUUCUUUUAUUAUAAAAGUUAAGAAGAUUUUUAAUAUGAAAUUUUAAAUCCGCAAUUUACUAAGAGAUAUGCUCUAAAUGUAAAAUCUACUAUCAGUAGAAUAUCAACGAUUUUGCCGUUCGGGGCAAAAGUAAUCAUAGGCUGUGUAUUUGAUAAUUUGGGUGCGGUUAGAAAUAUGACUUAAAAUGUUGAAAUAAAAAAUUCUUAUGAAAACGUUUAAUAAUAUGUUUAGUUAGUGCAAGAAACUUACAAAAUAAUUAUUUAAAUACCUUUUAAAUAACAAAUAGUUAUUUAACUAUGUAUUCUUGUUUAAGAUAUUGUUUCUAAUAUAUUAAUAAACGAAGAGCUAAAAUAAGAUUAAAAUUUAAUUAAAAUUGUCAAAAAUAUUUACGAAGAUUUACUUUUUCAAUAAUAAAAAUUUAAUGAUAAUCAAGAUGUUUAAGUCUAAAUAUAAAUGACAAUUAACUUAAUUCCUUAAAACUUAUUAGAUUAAAUAAUGAAUAUUUUAAAAUACAAAGAUAUAUUAGAUUAUUUAUCGAAAAUAGAAUAAACUUUAAUUGAAUAAGAAAAUAUAAUAAAAAAAAUAUAAGCUAAAGACGUUUAGUAAUAUUAAUAAUAUUUUUCGUCUAUAUAAUUAGUUUUAUAAUAAGUUUCUAGUAUAUAAAGUAUUCAAAAAUAGACAGAGGGAAAUUUUCGGAUGAGAAAAUAUUUUUUUAGAUAAUAAUAUGUCGGUUUAAUCUAACUUUCAUCAGAAAUUUUAAAUCUCAAUGUUAUUCCUAACGAGUCUUAGAUUUCUUAAAAAAAUAUAGUUAAAUCUUAAAAAGUAAGCUUUAAGUUUUUAAAAUAAAAUUACUUGACUAAUUCUUAUGAAAAUAAUGAAUAAUAAUAAAAUUAAGAUGAUUUUAAUGAUAAUGAAUAAAAUUAUGAAAAUAAAUAAUUAUUUUAAGUAUUUGAUAAUUAAAUUACUUAUUAAGUUGUUAAUAAUUAAACAAAUGAAAUAUAAAAAUAGCCAAUUAAUACUUAACUUGCUAAUACAUUCACUCUUCCUAAUCCUUCGAAUUCUACAACUGGGUUUUCGUGUUUAACUUAAAUUAAUAAUAAAUGGGAAUAAGGAAACUGUAAUAAAGUUUAAUAAAUAAAUAAAAAGAAAUUAGUUUCUUCAGUUAUAUGUUAAUGUAAAAAAUAGGGAAAAUAAACACUAGUGGAUGAUAUAGAAAGCAUUUUUACGGAUAAUCAGAAUUUAAAAAAUAUGUUUAGUGAAUAAGGAAUUGAAAAUUUAAAAAAUUUUAGCGAAUGGUAUAAAUAUGUAACUGUAUGGAUUAUCUAUAUAUCGAAUUAAUUCUACAUUAUAUUUUUAGUUUAUUUGAGAUAAAAAGAUAAAGCUGCUAUAGCUAAAGAAAAAAUUACUGAUUAAAUAAAACAAAAUUAUAUUAAAAAAAGCUCUUUGCAUUUUAAUGAUUAAGGUAUUUUUUUAAUAUUUUAUUAUUAUUUUUUAAUUUACAUUUUAAAGUAUAAAUUUAAAAUGAAAUUGGAUUAGAACUAUAUUUAAAUAAUGUUUUAAGUAGGAAAUAAAAUUGUUCUUAAAAAAGUUAUAAUAAUCUACAGCUUAAUUAAAAUAAUAAUUUAGAAGAAAAUACAAAAGAAAAUAAAUAAUAAAAUCAAGUAAUUAAAUAAAUUUAAUAUAAUAUCUAAUUUAACUAAAAAUAAAUUUUAGAAUAUUAGAUAAUAGUUAUAAAUAAAACGUGAUUUUAUAUAAAAAAUUAAAUAUUCUUAAAAUAAUAUUAAAAUAGAAAAUAAAAAUAGAUAAAAUUAGAAUACGCAACAAAUUACUAAUAUAAUAGACUAAGUAAAAAAUGAAUAAUUUUCUCCAUUAAGUAAUAAAAUAUUUGUUUAUAAAUUAAAUAAAAAUAAAUAGAAAAUUUGCGCACACGUACUUUAUUUUCAUUAAAAAGAACUUAAUCUAUAGGAAAUUAAUAGCCAUAAUAAGAUAAUUAUAAUUCUACAAAUUCUGAUUUAAAAAAUAGUUAACAAUUAUAGAACAUAGGGCAAAGUCCUAUGCAAUCAAUACAUUUAUUAAAAUCUUAAUUUUGUAAGUCAAAAUAAAAAUUAAAUUUACAUUUAGAACCUUUUUUUAUACCUGAAAAUUAACAAAAAUUAUAGGGAAAAAAAUAAGAGAAUUUGGAAAACAUAGUGA